GCCUUCCUCCACUCCUUGACAGCAGACGGAGUGAUGAUCCAACCAGAUACUUUAAACAUCUAACCCUCAGGUCUACUCCACGACCCCGCUCCAAUGGCGGCCACCUUGUUCACCAUUGCAUUUGCCGGAAUUGCCCACGCGGCAUCUAUCCCGAACCUACCCGGGCCUCUUCCCCAGAAUACAACCAAUUUCUCGCUCAAUACAUCAGAUGUGUGCGAUAACCUUCGACAUCGCCGGACGAUGUGGAGUCUCGUAUACGGUUGUCUCCUAACUAUCUUCGCCUGCGUCCGGACCGCUGUACACCCCCAGGUGCCCCAAGCUACUUGGGACGCUUUAUCAUCUCGGAUAUUCAUGGUGGCGGUUGUAUUCUUUGCGCCAGAAACGACCCAUUAGUGCAGCAUGGAAAGAAUUUCGGGCAGCUUGGAGAAUAUCGAAAAGUUGUCAAGGCACUGUCGAAGCCUGAUCUAUAUUUCGUUGUUAUGAAUGG